AUGAGCGACUACUACCACCACUUCCUAUCCUCCAUGGUGGGGGUUGGAGGACAGCCCAACCCUAACCAGCUUGAUGGCGUCGGACAGAUGUCACAACCCCAGGUUGUCCCGAUGGGCGUCUCUUCGGCGCCCAACCCUUAUCAAAGCCUAGGCUAUUUCACCGGUUUCCCCGAGCCCAUCAUGUUCAAUGCGCCGAAAGCGCAGAGAAGCAGAAGGAAAUCGGCGCCGGGCCUGGAUCACAUCAAGCAUCGCCGUACAAGAUCUGGCUGCUACACUUGCCGUAGCCGGCGUGUAAAGUGCGACGAAACACGCCCCGUUUGCGAAAGGUGUAGGAAGGGCAAGAGGGAAUGUAUCUACCCGGAACCACCGCCCCCAAAGGGAUCCGGUGCCGCAGGAUCCAAAGACUCGGCCGGGGCAAGUCGGCAAGCGAGCCCAAGUUCCUCCCGCGGCGAUGACGAUGAUGAGGCCGAGCAAGAUACGAAGCUGGACCCAAUCAUGGACGAAGACGAAGACGAACCGGAGAGCGCGACAUCCCAAACAUCAGCGCCGAAUUUCCCGCUCCGGAGAUCCAGUACCACAUCCUCGUUCGGGCGCCAGCGUGUCAUGGGAGGCCACCGUCAGGGAUCCGAAACCCCGUCCUACGACGACCAGAAGAGCUCGUCCCCCGCCUUAUCGUCCGGCGUCACCAGCGCCCACACGCCUGCUGGGCCGCAUUUCCCUGAUGGGUCAACCAUCGCAACGCCCUCCCGUCCCGACUGGACGUUCCUCCCGCACGAACUUCAGUUCUAUCUCAGCUAUUUCUACGAGAACAUUACACACUACCACUAUUGCGUGGUGAACGAUGCCGAUGACUUUUUUCGGACCAUCCUGCCGGGGUUGGCGAUCCGCAACGAGGCGCUUCUCUACGCGGUAGUGGGCUUCUCCGCAUAUCACCACUCGAUGAAGAACCCGAAUGGGAAGAUCAAUGAGUUUCUCCAGUAUUACAGCCGUAGCGUCACGUUGCUUCUGGACUGUCUGAAGAACGAAAAGCACACGGUAGGGACGCUAUUGACGAUCCUGCAACUUGCCACCAUCGAGGAAUACCUGGGCGAUUGGGUCAACCUCAUGGGCCACCAGAAAGCAGCCUUCGAAGUCCUGACCAAGCUAUUUACGCCCCAGACGGUGAUGCAAUCACCAGUAGGCCGUGUGGCUCUGAUGUGGUACGCUCGCUUCGACGUCUUCAUUGGCAUCAUGGGCAGUUUUGGGACCUCGUUGUCUCGAGACUGGUUCGCGGCAUCGAUGGGAUACUACGAGUCAAGGGUAGCGGCAGAACCCCGAAACUUGGCUUGGACAAUCGAGGCAUUCUCGGCACGAGUGCGACUGAUCUCGCAGGAAAUGUCGGGGCUUUUCGCCAAGGGCGCAAAGCAGGAGUUUACGGAAGAGGAGUACACUGCCGAACAUCGCAGGUUGUCUGCCUCGUGGGAGGAGUGGAAAAACUCCAUCGACACUACCCUCAAUGAUCCGGCGUAUCUGGUGAACGACUUCCCCGGCAACCAGACGCCCGACCCCGACGACAUUGUCAACCCGUUCGAACCGGGGGUCCUGUUCCGGCCUCCGCUCUUCGCCACGACGUUGAUGGCGUGCGAAUAUCACUCGAUUUCACUCAUGCACGCCAGCCAGAGCGCGGAAACGCUUACAGACGAGGACAAGGCGAAAUUGAUGGAGCACGCAUACGCGAUAUGCAGGAUCUGCGAAACGGUAGAGCUCUGGCCUCACAGCCCGCCGGGGAGCUUGGUGAUCCUGCAAUCGUGUCUUGCCCUUGCCGCACUUUAUUUGCGACGGGAUCCGAAGCACCACAUGUGGAUCAGGAGGAAGUUCGCGUUACUCGAGACCAUGGGGUACAUCUCCCCCAUAACAAUGCGCACACGCAUGGCCGAGCUCUUCAAUGACGAGAGCUGCAUCCGAUGGUGGCUCCCAAAUGACGAGGGAUUUAGCCCCUUGCUCCAAAAUAUCCGGGCCAUUGCGGACGAGCGUAAUGCCAUGGCGGUGUCGACUCAGAGGGAGAAUCUGCAACAGAUUCGCCAUGUGUUCUCAAGGAUGCAGCUUGGACAAGAGCACGACGAGGGCGACGACAGCGCGCAUGCAGGGGCAAAGAGGAAGCACCCGGACGCGUGA